AUGGCCCUAGCAACAAUUUUUCACUACGCACUUGGACCAUCGUCACCACGUCUGCCUUUAAUUUCUUCCGACGACCUUCUUUCAGACCUAGCAACACCCAGCCACCAUCCCGCCCUAAUGAGAAAGAGGGAGCCAGAAAAGGCACUCAACCCCACCACAACUCGCACCCAAGCCCCCCGCAUCAUCGGGUCCGUAGCCGGACCCGACUCCCAAACCAUGGCUAUGUCAUGGUCGCCCGCCCGCCGCGUCACCGAAAGCCGAGCGCUGCGAGUCACCACGAGGGUGGUGAUAGCAGCAGACAGUCAAAAUAACGGCAACGCAGCAUCACAUCAGCCGCUUCCAAUGGCGGUGGUGACGGAGGCAUCGCCAAGGACCAAAGACCCUGGAAUCUUUUCAUCACAGACGAUCUUCAGGGUCCUGCCAACCUCUCAACAGGCGCACCGCCCCAUACGGCCGACUCAAUUCAGCCGGUGUUGGGCACCUAAGAGCCAGAGAAGACCAGUGCAAACACUUCGAUUCCCCAGUCCCGGCUAG